UUUCCAGCCAAUCAGAAGACGAAGUGUGGUUGGCAAAUUAUGAAUGUCAGGUGUAAUCCGCAAUCUGAAAGUCGAGGAUGGAUUUGAUUAACUGAAGUUAAAUUAAUAGCACUUCGAAACUGAACAUUUUAUUGUAUCCGACAGGUGCAUGCCCUCUGGCCAAGACAGUUUUAUGUCUCCUGCUUGGAUAUAGCUGACCAGACACUCCUUUUUCCUCUUUCAAUCCUGACCGACUCCAGUUAAAAAAAAAUAUGUCUGAUUAUUCAUCUUUUCAUUUAAAACCACUAUCAGGAUAUUCACACAUGGUGUUCUCCAAACAGCAGUACAAUGCCAUUAGCCCUUUUUACAACAUACAGUUACACAUUUCCCAUAAAGGAGCCAGAGCACGUAAAAGACGGCUGGAUGAUUCCUAUUUCGAUGAGACCUGCGAGACCCCCCUGAAAAGACAGUGCAUCACAAGAACAUUUUCCCUGGAUCAGGGAUGCUUUUCUGUGGACUUCCUAACUAGAGUCCAGGAAUGGAGACCUAUGCAGCCAAUAAUAUCAAAAGCCAUCACACUGCCUCGGUCAAAGGUCAAUCAGCCUGUGACCCCUGUCGUGUCCAUCCCUCUGUCCAAGUGCAAACAGAACUGGAUAGAUCAAGGUCGGGAGAGCCGGUCUCCCUCCCAGAUACCGGCUCUUAAAUGGGACAGAGAGGUUCCUGUGGUUGAGAUAUCAUUGCGUGCGUCUCUAAAUUUUGAUAUUUGCAGUUCGGCUUCUUUAGAUGGCUCUCAGGGGCCUGUGAAAGAUGAGGUCCGGGAGGUUUCGUGUGAUCUUAUCCCAGUCUGUGAAUUAAAAUCCCACAUCGCACCCCCAGAAACUGUUGUCCCGGUGAAAGAGGAGGAAGGAGUGUCUGUCAGUCAACAGGCAGAGCCCAAGGUGACUCAGGGAAAUGAAGAAACCACCGCAGAGAGCUUUGAGAGUGCACAGGUCCAGGUGAAGUCUGAGGUGAUUGAUCCAGACAACACAAAGACCACCAGCAAACCUCUGGUGUUUUAUGAAGAGGAGUGGGAGAGACGGAAGAAGACGUAUGUUGAGUCUGUAAAAAGACAUAUGAAAGAAAAAGGAGCAGCAAACGGUGUCAUCACUGAGCUCCAUACUUUGAUGAAUACUGUGGCCAGUCACCAAACUGGAGGGAAUGGACCACACUGGCAACACCCGUCAGACCUCACACAGAGAGCCCCUCCACUAGAGGGAGGCUUCAGACUCUAAAAUGCUAAAUGUACAAAACCCUAAGUUCCUAUAAAGGAUACCAGGGUCUGCUCUGUUUGAAAAGAGUGCCUUCUGUCAUCUAAUGAAUAGUUAAGUUAAUUCAUUUCAGUGUAAUUGUAAAAAUGUAUUUUGCUGUGAAAAGUUUAAUCAUUUUUAAAGUAAACCUCAAAAUACUUUUAUAUUUUUAGCAGUAUUUUAACUUGAACAUUUACUGGAUUGAAGUAAAUUGGGUUUGCUUAAUUUAUAUAAUCUUUAGAAAAGUUAUGUUAAAAUGUCACUAUCAAAUGUGAUCCAUCAGGUUCUCAAUCAUCAUUGGAUUGCAUUGUUUUGCCUCCACAAUAAAAACUA